AGACGUUCGUCAGUAUGCUGCGGAUAUUGAUAGUGCUGACGUGCUUCGAGAUAUCGACGUUCGCCAGUGCACAGUCGAAAGGAACCACUACUUUCGACAGCGAUGCGAACAGCGACGAACCUGAGCAUCCGAUACCCGUGGAGUCGAUACAGGGGGUGGCGGGUCAGAGGACGAUCCUGCCGUGUAACAUACAGCCCCGCGAGUCGAAUGACGCCGUCUCCAUGGUGCUCUGGUUCAAAGAGGACAGCGGCGAACCUCUGUACAGUUACGACGCAAGAAGUCGGCAGUUCGGAAAGGCGAAAUUGUGGAGCGCCGCGCAUUUUUGGGGCCACCGGGCGUCUUUUCGUGCGAGCUCGCCGGCGCAGCUGACACUUCAGGACCUUCGACAAAGUGACGAGGGUGUCUACAGGUGCAGGGUCGAUUUCCGAAACUCGCCGACGCGAAACUUGAAAGUUAAUCUCACCGUUAUCGUGCCACCGGCGAAGCCGAUAAUCUAUGAUGCGAAGAGGCGAGACAUGAGUAAACUUCUCGAGGCUUACCCGGAGGGUGCUGACCUGUUCCUGGUCUGCGAAGUGCACGGAGGUAAACCCAGACCGCAAGUCUCGUGGUAUCUGGAAUCGCAGAACAUCCAUGCGUCUACCGAAGUUCGAGAGACGCAGAGACCGGGCGGCGAGACCAACGUCGUAACCAUCAGCAACGUGACUGUGAAAGCUCUCACGAGGAGGCAUCAUCAUGCCAAGCUGUCCUGCCGAGCGAAUAACACUCAAUUAGCGCCGCCACCCACCACCACCGUCGUCAUAGAGCUUAACAUGAGGCCGCUCAAGGUGGAGAUUUUGGGGAAGGACCAGAUCCUAUCGGCAGGGAAGACAUAUGACGUGAAGUGCCAGAGCACCGGCUCGAGGCCGCCGGCGGUUCUGACCUGGUGGAAAUCCUCGAAGCAGCUGAAGGGACAGAAGAAAAACGACGGCGUGAGUCUGCAAUUCACGCCGACGGUGGAGGACGAGGGGAAGUUCCUGGUGUGUCGUGCCGAGAAUCCGAAGCUGCCGGAAGCCGGUAUCGAGGACCGAUGGAAGCUGAGAGUGCACUUUGCGCCGAUCGCCAGCCUCAAGAUCGGUUCCACUCUGAACCCGAAGAACAUCAAGGAGGGCUCCGACGUUUACUUCGAGUGCAACGUCAGGGCGAAUCCCAGAUCACACAAACUGACCUGGUUCCACGAGAAGGAGGAGCUGCAUCACAACGUCACCGCCGGCGUGGUGCUCUCGGACCACUCGCUGGUGCUGCAGAGCAUAACUCGAGAGUCCGCCGGAGGGUACACCUGCAUGGCCGCGAAUGUCGAGGGCCGCGCCAAGUCCAACGUAGUCAAUCUUGAGGUUAUGUUCGCGCCCGUUUGCAAGUACGUGCAGCUGAACUCGGGCUCGAGGCACCAGAACGCCACCCCGCCGCCGUACAACGUGCCCGAGGAGGUGCACGGCGCCCUCAAGCACGAGACCAUAAGUUUAGUUUGCGAGGUCGAGGCCAGCCCCACCAACGUGACCUUCCAUUGGACCUUCAACAGCAGCGGCGACCUCAGCGACGUUCCGUCCACCAACUUCACCAACGAGGGCAUAACCAGCAGGCUUAAUUACACCCCGGUAACCGAUACGGAUUACGGGGUCCUGGGCUGCUGGGCCAGCAACUCCGUCGGCCACUCCAAGCAACCCUGCCUCUACCAGGUCAUCGCCGCAGGUUCCUGCAGACCUUACCCGUUGCAGAACUGCACGACCUACAACAUAAACGGUUCCUGGGUGAGGAUAUCCUGCGUCGAGGGAUACGACGGUGGUCUACCGCAGAAAUUCGUCGCCAUCGUCGGCAAACGGCGUCUGGAAUCAUCUCUCCCUUUCUGGGAGUUUCAGAUGCUCAGGCCGGCGAAGGUUGCCCUUUACGCGGUAAACGCGAAGGGCUCGAGCGAGCCGUACGCCAUAGAGGUCGUCCUGAAAGGGGUCGCCAAAUUCACCGGCGAAUCGACGUCCUCGACCGACAUGUCACCGAUUUUGAUUGGACUUGGUGGCACGGCGACCGGUCUGGGAUUAAUCGUGACCGGUGUGCUAAUGGCACUCUGGAGGAGGCACGCGGCCACCCCGGCGAAGCCGAAGCCGCCGCAGCAGCCUAGCAUCGCGACUUUCGCGGGGAAGGGCGAGGAGGAAGACGGCAAUCCGGAUCUCAUACCCACGACGGCCUUGACCAACCAUCUAACUGAUAGAAAGCUUCCUCGUUACGGGUCCCUGCCACGAAGACCACGUCAGCUGGAAGGACGCGAGAUGUCCCACGACGUCCUAGAAGAUUCAGAUUAUCCGAGAGCAUCGCCGAACACUACAUUCUACAGUCUCCAAAGGCCGCACUCGGAGACGAUCAGCAGGAGCAUUCAGGAGAGCUGCAUUUAAGGGUCAAACGCCGGCUGGGACAUUAAGAGAAGUGGGCGGACGACAGUCUAGACGGAUGGACGAGAAGAUCCAGACGUCUGCUGCAUCGCCUAACUUCCGGGUCGUCGACCAUCGUUCAACAGGGUAUAGGAGGCCCCUGGACCAUGGCUGAUGCAGGCUGGGAGGCAGGGAGACGAGGGAGAGAAAGAGAAAGAGAGAGGAGUCACACGCUUGUGCCACGUUUUGCACGCGUUCAAGCGUACCAAAGUCAUUUAUAUAGCCACUUGAUUCACACUACGCCUUUGUAAAUAUUGUAUAUAAAUAAAACACUUUUUCGUGUUACAACCCUUUC